AAUUGCCGGUUAUCGGCAGUACUUUCCUCACACUGUGACAGCUUGAGGAAAGUGCAGCCGAUAACUGGCAACUGCAUUUACCAGUUAUGUGCUGUGUUAUUGGACACGGCUGAUCACUGCCGAGAACCGGCAGUUGUCAGAGCAGGGAUCGGCACCGAUCAUCAGGGCACUGAUGAUCAGUGCCCUGAUGAUCGGUGCCCAGCAGUGCCACCCACCAGUUCCACCCACCUGUGCCCAGCAGUGCACCCACCUGUGCCCAGCAGUGCCACCCAGCAGUGCCACCUACCUGUGCCCAGCAGUGCUACCUGUGCCCACCCACCGGUGCCCACCCACCUGUGCCCACCCACCUGUGCCCACCAGUGCCACCCACCUGUGCCCACC